UUCUAUUAUUUCAGUUAUUGUUUUAUUAUUUAGCUGAAAAUGUUCAUGCUGCCUUCGUGGACAACAAAUUCAACAAAUAUAUUGAGCUAUGGGAAUUUGCAGGGCUAACUUGUCCCGCAAAUAAAACCUUGUUUAGCUAUACUGACGGAGGGAUUGCACUAUGUGCGGCGAAAUGUUCUAAUACUCCUUCCUGUUACGGCGUGUUCGUUCUGGCCAACGACAAAUGUUUCGGGUGUAAAAUGCAAUUCUCAGACACAAAUUUAGCACCGACAUUGGAAGGAACGAAAUGUUAUCGGCGGCAUAACUAUGUCGUUGUCGAGAAGAAAUUAGGCUGGAACGAAGCAAAGGUCAACUGUGAAAGUUUGGGAGGACAUUUGGCAGAUAUAAAAUCUCUAGAGGAAGAAAUGUUUAUAGAAAACUACGCAAUUCAAUCGCAUGCUGAAAAUGCACUCUGGAUCGGCGGUACCGACGUGCAAGAGGAGGGCACAUUUCUGUGGUUGGAUGGAACCAAACUUGAUGAUUGGUAUACCAAUUGGAACUCGAGAGAACCAAACAAUAAUAAUAGAUUGUCACAGCCAGAGAACUGUUUAUUGAUUGAGAUGGUCGAAGGAACCUGGAAAUGGGGUGAUGCAAGUCAUGCCUACAAAUGCAAGAGCCUUUGUGAAUUUAAUUAACUCGGACAUGGUUUACCUCUGACAAUCGCAUCUUCUCGACCCUUAUAAGGGCCCUUGAAUACAAUAGUAAAAAUACAAAGAAUGGAUAGGGUUUUUCGGUCUAACAUAUCCUAAGAAACUAAACAUGGAAACAAAAAGUAUUUUAAUGCAGGGGUUGUUGUCUAAGUUUAUUCCAAUAUAUCAGUGUAUAAACCGAAAGUUUUAUUUGAUUAUGAUUUUCAGACAUAUUUUCCAUCAUUAUUUUACCAAAACAUACAUUAUUUUAAUUUGGAUGUCAAAUAUAUACAUUUUUUAAACAUUAUCAAAGAUUACACUGACAUCUUAAACCACGUGGUAGAACUACUUUUCAUCGUAAUAAGUCCGAGGAUAUUAUGAAUAAUAGCCGAGAUGUUCCGAUUGGAGCUCUGUGUAUAAUUGACGAUAUCGGUUUAAGUGUGGGUAUUUGAGUAUAUCUGUGGAACUUCGGGUAUAUUUUUGUGGCUUUUGGUAUAUUUUUGAAACUUUGGGUAUAUUUUUUGAACUUCAUAUAUAUUUUUGGAGCUUUGGGUAUGUUUUGUAAGCUUUGGGUAUAUCUUUGGAGCUUUCAUAUAAACUCUGUUCAUUACGUCUCUAUCAAGUUAUUGGUGAUGAAUUUCACUACUUAUUUGAAAGUUCGUAUUUUAAUUGACAUAAUAGCAUAAAUCUCUUCUUUCCAACCGAUAUUUUUAAGCUUGACAGAUUAAUGAAUAGUUGUGAUCAAACAAUUCUAUUAAAACUAUCUAUUUUUUGUUGUUGUAAAAACAGUAUAUUAAAAUUUAUAUAAUACUUCUUAUUCUCCGUUCCUCUUCCAUUUGUUCCGUCGUUAAAUAGUAUUGAGUGCAGUCUUUAGCAGCAUGGUUGUGUUUAUGUUUACUUAAAUUUUAUAGAAAUUCAGUAGUUAAAAUUGAACAAUAUGAUACCCUAUCUUUGUUAAUUUAGCUAGUCAUAAUUGCAUUCUUUUUAUGUGAUAUUAGAUGAUUUUUUACCGAAUUGUUUGUCAUAACCAGUUGCGCAUUACAUGCCGGGGUUAAAUCUGGGACAAAAAAAAUAAUGUAUAGUUUUGGUGCCAGUUUUAAUAAAAACUGAAACGGGGUAAAUCUGUGGAACAUAGGGUAUGGGAAAUUCUGUGGAACUUUUGGUAUAUCUGUGGAACAUAAAAUAUGGUAAAAAUCUGUGGAACUUUGGGUAUAGUUGUGGAACUUUGAGUAUAUCUGUAGACAAUUCAAUCUCUAAAGAUUAUAUUUGAAUGUCAUUAUCGCGUGUUACUAACGAAAUUUUGUGGACGAAAUAGGACACUGUAAUAAUGUGCGUUGAUCAAU